GAUGACGUCGACAGCGCCAAGUGAAUGCGGCGCGAGCGUCGAUGAGGUUUGCGGAUGUUUCUGCAUGUGCACGCGCGUCGCUCAGCUGACAAACACGGCAAGGUUGCAGCAGCAGUGGGCCGAGAGGACAGACUGUCCCAGGCUAUCAUGGAUGACAGCUCCUCACUGGGCAGAGUGAGCGACUCCACUGAAUCUGUGUCAACCGUCACCAGUGAGGAGUUUGUGCUGGUGCAGCCAACCGCUGAGGGUUCGCCCUCCAGCUCUGAGGGGAAGCCCCGACUAAAGAUGUCGUGGAAUGGAAGUGAGCAGUUGGAGCGGGCGAUGGAGGAGCUGCUGGAUGAUGUAGGUGAUGGACCAGGAGUUGCAGAGGAUGGAGGAGGUUCAGGGACUCCUGCAGCCCUCAACUCUCAGAUCAGACCACCCAGUCUGGCUCUAGACACAGCUUCUCAUGAAGCCUCAGUGGGAGUUUUGGGGACUAUUGCAGUGCAAGAGGAAGACAGCGUACAGUUCAGCAAACUCUCCUAUCUGGGCUGCACCUGGGUGAAGGCCCCUCGUAAUGAAACGGAGGCCCAGAAGGCCAUGGCCACCUUGCAGGCAGAAAGUGCCAUCCCCAUCCCUGUCACCCUGCAUGUGCCCAUUGGUCCAGAUGGUUGCUUCCGGAUUGUCGACCAGGCCACUGGAACAGAGAUUGCUUCCUUUCCUAUUUACAAGGUGUUGUUCUGUGCUCGGGGACAAGAGGGCACUGUCGAGAGCGACUGCUUUUCCUUCACUGAGAGUUACCGCAGCUCUGAGGACUUUCAAAUCCACGUCUUUUCCUGCCAGAUCAAAGAGGCUGUUAGUCGAAUUCUCUAUAGCUUCUCAACAGCUUUCAAGCGUUCGUCAAAAUCUGCCACAGACAUGAGAGACUCAACACUGCCUCUUUCACCCGAUAGCGAUAUUUUCACCUUCACCAUUUCUCUUGAAGUGAAAGAAGAGGAUGGAAAAGGAAACUUCAGCCCAGUCCCUAAAGACAGAGAUAAGUAUUACUUCAAGUUGCGGCAGGGUUUGCAGAAAAAAUUGGUGGUCACCGUUCAGCAGAUGACCAAUAAUGAGCUGAUAAUUGAGAGGUGCUUCGGGAUGUUACUCAGUCCAGGUCAGAACGUUCGCAACAGCGACAUGCACCUUCUCGACAUGGAGUCUAUGGGGAAAAGUGCUGAUGGGAAGGCAUAUGUGAUCACUGGCACCUGGAACCCAAACAUUCUGGAUUUCCCGCCACUCAACGAAGACACACCAAAAGACAAGCAUGUGUACAUGACUGUAGCUGUGGACCUGGUGGUGACUGAGGUCUUGGAACCUGUGCGGUUCCUCAUGGAGGCGCUAGUGAGGGUCUACCCAGCUAAUGAGAGGUUCUGGUAUUUUAGCAGGAAGGCCUUUUCUGAGACCUUUUACCUCAAGCUCAAACAGGGCACAGGGAAGGGCAGCCAGGGAGAUGCCAUGUAUGAAGUGGUAAGCCUGCAGAAGCACACAGAGUGUGCAGCUGGAACACGUGGCCGCCUGCAGUCUCCCACUGAGGAAGAGGAACCAGAGGAAGAUAGUGACAGUGAAAUCUCUAGUGGGACUGGAGACGUGUCGAAGGACUGUCCCGAGAAGAUUCUGGAAUCCUGGGGAGGAAUCCUCAACAGAUGGCACGCAAACCUGUCGGCACGGCCCAAGGGCCUGUCUGCUCUGGUGAAGCCUGGGAUCCCGGAGGCCUUACGAGCUGAAGUUUGGCAGCUCCUGUCUGGCUGCCCCAACGAUCAGGCUCUGCUAGAGCUCUACCGCAUUCUCAUCACUAAGGACUCCGCCCAGGAAGCGGUCAUUACCCGAGACAUCCAUCGCACCUUCCCGGCUCACGACUACUUCAAAGACUCAGGUGGUGAUGGCCAAGACUCUCUCUACAAGAUCUGCAAGGCCUACUCUGUCUAUGACGAGAAGAUCGGCUAUUGUCAAGGCCAAUCAUUUCUGGCGGCUGUAUUACUGUUACAUAUGCCCGAGGAGCAAGCCUUCUGUGUGCUAGUGAAGAUCAUGUACAACUACGGUCUUCGAGAGCUCUACAGAAAUAACUUUGAAGAUCUUCACUGCAAGUUCUACCAGCUAGAGCGCCUGCUGCAGGAGCAGUUGCCGGACCUGUGGUCUCACUUCCAGGAUCUGAACCUGGAGGCCCAUAUGUACGCAUCCCAGUGGUUCUUAACACUUUUUACAGCCAAGUUCCCUCUCUGCAUGGUCUUCCAUAUCACCGACCUGCUCCUGUAUGAGGGGUUGAACAUCAUCUUCAAUGUGGCUCUGGCUCUUCUUAAGACAUCCAAGGAAGACCUGCUUCAGGCCGACUUUGAGGGUGCCCUAAAAUUUUUCCGCGUCCAGCUCCCAAAACGCUACAGGGCAGCAGAGAAUGCCCGGCGCCUUAUGGAGCAGGCCUGCAAUAUCAAGGUGCCAACAAAGAAGCUCAAGAAGUUUGAGAAGGAGUAUCAGUCUCUGAGAGAGAGCCAGUUACAACAGGAAGACCCCAUAGACCGAUAUCAGAGAGAAAACCGCCGUUUGCAGGAGGCCAGCAUGCGUCUGGAGCAGGAGAAUGACCAUCUUGCUCAUGAACUGGUAACCAGCAAGAUAGCACUAAGGAAUGACCUGGACCAGGCGGAGGACAAAGCAGACGUUUUGAACAAAGAAUUGCUCAACACCAAACAGCGUCUAGUAGUGACAGAGGAGGAGAAGAGAAGACAAGAGGAGGAGACGGCCCAGUUAAAGGAAGUUUUCAGAAGAGAGUUGGAGAAAGCCGAGUUAGAGAUAAAGAAGACCACAGCCAUCAUAGCUGAAUAUAAGCAGAUAUGUUCACAGUUAAGUACCAGGCUGGAAGAGCAGCAGGCAUCUACAAAAGAGGAACUGGAUAUAGUCAAGGCUAAAGUGAUGGCGUGUGAGCGCUGUAGGGAAGUGUUCAGCAAAGAUGGACCCUUGCAGAUGCCAGCGGUGACUCAAGACAACCGGGACUCUGACCUGGAUGAGGAAAAGGACUCGCUCAAGGCCCAGCUCAGAGAGCUUGAACUGGAGCUGGCCCAAACCAAACUCCAGCUGGUGGAAGCCAAGUGCAAAAUCCAGGAGCUGGAGCAUCAGAAAGGAGUUUUGAUGACUGAGGUCCAAGCUGCCAAAAACUCCUGGUUUAGUAAAACACUGGGCUCCCUCAAGAAUUCAGCCAGUAACCAGUCACCCACCUCACCCAAAGAGGGCCAGUUGGACUCGCCAAGGACUUAACCAAUGAAGUAGCCGGGCCUAUUUGAGAAGAAAACAACCUCUAAUGAACACUACUAGCAACACAACACGGCAAUGCAGUAUUCCCUCAUAUGCAGUAACUUGUGCAUGAAUCGGUGAGCAACAUGAACAAACAGCUCCAUCCAGACUGUAAGAUCAUUAGUUAGACACAAUUAAGCUAGCUUCCUUAACUAGGUGCAGAGUCUUAGAAGUAACUUAUAAUGGUUCUAAUAUUACUGGUCAUUUGGAUGCUGGAUCUUCAUCACCAUCAUUGAUUGCAUCUGUAACUGAGUGGCAGUGGACCUAGUGGAUAAAGACAGUACUACAGUUAUAAUUAAAGAUAGUAAACAAAAAAUUUUGUUCUAGCACCCAAAUACAUAAGAAAUGGCCUUUAGACCACAAGUUUAAGGGAAAAAGCCUUCGUUUUGUUGUCUUUUGGUUGUUUUCUCAUGGGAUACUGCAUUUUGCUACAAGUAAAUAUAAAUCGCUAAACUUUAUUGCCGUUUUUCUAUAUAGAAAUAAUAAAUGUAAUUGUUUUGUCAUAUGUGUGUAUAAUUAAAUGUUGAUUUUUAUUUUAAUCUUGUACAGUUCUGAAAGAGAAGUGCACUAUUAUUUUGUACAAUUUUUGAAUAUGAAUGUCAUCUUUAUAUAUGUCAAAUACUUAAAAGCACAGAAUCAAUAAUUGACCAUGUAUCCGUCCUUUCUCACUUUCCCGUUGCCAUGGGCUGUUUUAUGAAUCAGUCCAGCCAAGCAACUCACAGUAACCAGGGUUAGUAGGGAUUUUGCUUGAGAUUGCUUGACAUUGCAGUGGCCAAACAACAUUGACCUGCCAAGUCCUUAUUUUAUAAACCAACAGUUAAUAGGUACAGUUGAAGUCAGAAAUUUACAUAUACCUUAGCCAAAUACAUUUAAACUCAGUUUUUCACAAUUCCUGACAUUUAAUCUUAGAAAUCAUUCCAUGUCUUAGGUGAGUUAGGAUCACUUCUUUAUUUUAAGAAUGUGAAAUGUCAGAAUAAUAGUAGAGAGAAUUAUUUAUUUCAGCUUUUAUCUCUUUCAUCACAUUCCCAGUGGGUCAGAAGUUUACAUACACUUUGUUAGUAUUUGGUAGCAUUGCCUUUAAAUUGUUUAACUUGGGUCAAAUGUUUUGGGUAGCCUUCCACAAGCUUCUCACAAUAAGUUGCUGGAAUUUUGGCCCAUUCCUCCAGACAGAACUGGUGUAACUGAGACAGGUUUGUAGACCUCCUUGCUCGCACACGCUUUUUCAGUUCUGCCCACAAACGUUCUAUCAGAUUGAGGUCAGGGCUUUGUGAUGGCCACUCCAAUACCUUGACUUUGUUGUCUUUGAGCCAUUUUGCCACAACUUUGGAGGUAUGCUUGGGGUUAUUGUCCAUUUGGAAGACCCAUUUGCAACCGAGCUUUAAAUUCCUGGCUGAUGUCUUGAGAUGUUGCUUCAAUAUAUCCACAUAGUUUCCCUCCUCAUGAUGCCAUCUAUUUUGUGAAAUGCACCAGUCACUCCUGCAGCAAAGCACCCCCACAACAUGAUGCUGCCACCCCCAUGCUUCAUGGUUGGGAUGGUGUUCUUCGGCUUGCAAGCCUCACCCUUUUUCCUCCAAAUGUAACAGUGGUCAUUAUUGCCAAACAGUUCCAUUUUUGUUUCAUUAGACCAGAGGACAUUUCUCCAAAAAGUAAGAUCUUUUUCCCCAUGUGCACUUGCAAAUUGCAAUCUGGCUUUUUUAUGGCGGUUUUGCAGCACUGGCUUCUUCCUUGCUGAGCAGCCUUUCAGGUUAUGUCAAUAUAGUACUCGUUUUUCUGUGGAUAUAUAUACUUGUCUACCUGUUUCCUCCAACAUCUUCACAAGGUCCUUUGCUGUUGUUCUGGGAUUGAUUUGCACUUUUCGCACCAAACUACGUUCAUCUCUAGGAGACAGAAUGCAUCUCCUUCCUGAGCGGUAUGAUGGCUGCGUGGUCCCAUGGUGUUUAUACUUGCAUACUAUUGUUUGUACAGAUGAGCGUGGUACCUUCAGGCAUUUGGAAAUUGCUCCCAAGGAUGAACCAGACUUGUGGAGGUCCACAAUUUUGUAUGAGGUCUUGGCUGAUUUUUUUUGAUUUCCCAUGAUGUCAAGCAAAGAGGCACUGAGUUUGAAGGUAGGCCUUAAAAUACAUCCAAAGGUACACCUCCAAUUCAGAACACCGCCUAUCAAAAGCUAAUUGGCUAACUGUCUAAAGUCUUGACAUAAUUUUCUGGAAUUUUCCAAGCUGCUUAAAGGCACAGUUAACUUAGUGUAUGUAAACUUCUUUCACACUGUAAUUGUGAUAUAGUCACUUAAAAGUGAAAAAUCUGUCUGUAAGCAAUUUUUGGACAAAUUACCUGUCAUGCACAAAGUAGAUGUCCUAAACGACUUGCCAAAACUAUAGUUUGCUAAUAUUAAACCUAAGUGUAUGAAAACUUCUGACUUCAACUGUAAAUAGGCCUAUAGGCUGCUUAAUGACAGAUGCCAUGCAGAAAUCACAAACAUAUUAAGACUUAAAGAGAGAGUUCACCCAAAAAUUAGAAGUCACAGUGACUUCAAAGCCAUAUUCCGUCAGUGUAGGACAAUUUAAUUUCUUCUGAUAUUUGUCAAAAUGUCCAUAUUAAUGUCUCUCACUGGUCCUCUUAUAAAGUGUUGUAUAUUUCAUUAGCGUAGUGUAAUUUCAAAUCUGCAUGGCACUUAUGCACUAACAAGUCAUCCAUAUUGUUAACAAGCUUUAUUUACAUUAUAUUUGUCUACUAUUUUGUCAUUUCUGAGACUGUGAUUUAAAGAUGCCAAACUAAUUAUAGAAAUUACGAAAGACAAUGUCAGUUUAAUAUUAACUAAUAAUAUCAAGUGCUGUUCUGUAGUUUAUACAGACUGCUACAGGUGUUUUUAUAAUGAAGUAUAUGGGACAGAAUACAUUCCUUCUGUGUCCUGGACAUUUACAAGUGUGAGUCAGGUUUAUUGUCGGUUCAUCAGUUUCACUGUUUCAGCCUGCUGAUGUCAUCUGUCUAGUAACUAUCUGAAAGUGAAUCUCUGAUUCUUGGUCCUUAACAUGUUUGACCACAAGACUGCUUCAUUUGUUUCACACCUUUUGUUAUUUCAAUAAACAGUAACGGUAUUCCCCA